AAUAUAUGUCUAUAUCACCUUGAAGUUUACUUUUAGCAAUAAAGCAGAUUUGGAUAAAAUUACUCAAUUUAGUCGAAAAAUAAAGUGAUUAUUAUAAUAGUAGGCUAAUCAACAUGAUAUUCUGAAUUAGAGAAAUUGUUGUAUAUAUUUUAAAGAAAAGAAUUUUUUUAUAUGUAAUUUUAGUGGAAGUUGAAGAUCGUCAAUAGGUUAUGUAUGAAUCAAACAAGAAAAAUUUAUAAAAAAUCAUUAUUGAAGAUAUAUGAUUUAAAAGUCAAGAAUUGUCUCAAGAAUUAAUAUAUUGUGAACAUUAAAUAAAUUCAUGAGCAAUUAUCUAUAUAUGACGAGGCCUUGAGAUAACGCUGCCUGAAAUCUACGGGAAAAGGAAAUCAUCAGUUUCUUCAAAUAUAUCAAAAGUUUAAAUGCUUUUCGGUUGAAAUCAUUUUCUGAUACCUACUGAGCCUCGACCUAGUUGGGAAGUUUCAUUCAAAGCCGCUGCGUAAUACCCAAAGUGUUCCUCGUCGUGAAUGAACCGUUCGAAAUUAAUCGUUCACCCUGCUGAAAUGAAACGAAAACGAGUAGAAUGCUAACAUUUAUGGACUAAUGUCAUUCGUAAAUAAAAUCUAAAUAGUAAUUCAAAAUAAAAAAUAAUAGAAUAAGAAAGAUAGAAUUAAGAAUUAAUAGGAAUUUAGAUAAUAAAUUAAAAAAUCGAUGGAUUUUAUUCUUGAGGAUAAGAAACAAGAUUUUAGUGUUAAUCUUUUUAUGUAUAUUUAUUGUAUUUGUAUAUAUUUAUAUAUAUUUAUUAUUUUUUGUAUUAUUUAUUUACAUAUAUGAUAUUAAGUAAUAUCUUCUUUUAAUGUAAAAAGAAUAUUUUAGCUUUUUAUUUUUUUUUUUUUUUUAGUUUUUAGCGUAAUUUAAAAUAAUUAUAUAUAAUGUAUAAAAUUAUAACAUUUAUGCUCUUAUAAGUUACAAUAUAUUUAUUCUUAUUAAAUAAAUGAUAUAAAACAAUCUUUAAAUUUUAUAGAAUUUAUAAUGAAUUUAAAUCCAAAGAAUUGUUAUAAAAAUGGCAACCAAUUCUUUAAAAUAUAAUUUUUUAUUUCAUAUAUAAAUAUUAUUCUAUAAUUAAAAUUAAAAAAAUCAAUUGAUUUUUAAUUGAAAAAUUUAUUUGUAUAUCAUUUCUUCUUUUAUUGUUAAAUUUUUUUUAUAAUAACAAUUUAUUAAUCUUUAACCUAUAAAAUUUAGCUAAUAAUUUUCAAUUUUUUAAGGUCUAGAAAAUUAAAAUAGAAAAUCAUAAUCAUGACAUGUGAUUAAAAAUUGAUUAUUUGCAAUAAUUAUAUAAUUAUAUAUAUAUAUAUAUAUAUAUGCAAUAAAAUUCUCUGCAUUUAUUUCUAAAUUAAUAAUUGCACAAUAAAUUCAAAUGCAUUGUAUCCUUUUCAUCUUUCGAAUCGUUGAACAUUUCUGAUCGUUCAGUAAUUUAUUAGAAUAAUGACAAUCUUCAUGCGCCAUGUAAUCAAGCUAUUGCAGAUCGAUAAGACCUUGCGAGAAAUCGACAACAACUUGUAACUUGAGUUGCGACGAGUGGAAACGAUAUUUAAUUGUCGAUGCAUAAGUAAUCGUGCGAUUCUCGACCGCUCUGCCAUUAUCGAUUGUCUUGUUCUUCAAAAUUCGAUCUUUUUUUUCUUUUUCUUCAAUGAUUAGAAAGUUUUCUUGACUGUCAGAUAUAUAAUUGACUCGCAAAAUUAUUAUUUUUUUUUGAAUAAUUAUUUUAAUAAUUUAUAUUUUUUUUAUCUUUAACAAAAAAUUUCUUUUCUUUUAUUAUAUAUUAAGUAGUUUUUAUUAUUAAAUUUAUACGUUAAACUUAUUUAAAUAUUUGUAUUUAGAUAUAUAUUUAUUAAGUAAUUAAUAAAAUGAUUUGAUAAUAAAUCUUCAAUAAUUGAAGAAUUAGUAUUUAUUUUACAUUUACAAGUAAUCUAAUUUUUAAAAUAAAAAAUUCUUAUUCGAAAAAUGGAUUCAUAUAUGUGAUUUUCACAUCAUGAUAUGGUGAUUAUUCUGCAUACACAUUAUAAACAUAUCAUCUAGUGAUUAUCGACGUGUCCGCAUAAAAUAUAGGUUUUAUAUCAUAGCCAGAGACGGAAUAAUGUUGCUUCUUCUGUCAAGCGACUGUCUCACCUGUCUUAUACUUUUAUUUAUAUUUGACAGUUAAUUGGUCGAAUUGUAUAUAUAAUAUAUCUGUUUAUUUUUUUGAUAUACUUUUUAUGAAAGUUUCAAUCUUAUUAGAUUUUUUUCUGUUGAAUAUGCGCAAAUAAAAAAUACAUUAUGCAAAUAAAAAAAAUCUAUUUAGAAAAAAUGAUCAAACAUGAAAAACAGAUUUACUUAAUGUUGAUAGAGAUCUUUCUUUUAAUCCUUUUAUGUUCAAUGUUGCAUACAUGUAAUUGUAAUACUACUUUAUUUAGUAAUGAAAUAAUUAAAUAAAUAUAUUUAUUUAAUAUUUUUUAUCUUUUUUAUAAAAAAAUUACAAAAAAAUGUUUCUGUUAUUAAUAGUUGAUUUUUUUUAGCUAUCUCUAAAUAAAUUCCGAAAGAAUUAAUAACUUAUUAACUUAUUAAUUAUUACCUUAUUAUUUUUACUGAAAAAAAUUUGAGGUUAUAAUUUUUUUUCAUCGAAAAUUGAUUUUAUAGUUUGUUUGAAUUGUUAAUAAUAAAAUAUUAAUUCAAAGUGAUUACAAGAGAUAAUAUACAAUCUACUUAAACGCAAAGGAAACCAACGUUUAAUCCAUUCAAGUAUUUCGUGACGAAUCAAGAUCUCUACCGUUUCCACAUUCGGAUUGACCUAAUCUAUGUAUAACCGAAUCGAACGUCACAAAUUGUCUUGAAAAUAUCUUGGGUUUCGUGCCUAGUAUAAAUUAGAAGCCAGUAAGUUUCGGUGAAAAUUGGUGUGAACCGGACUAAGCGAAGGUUCGAAGUUCGGUUAAAAAGCGGUGUGACACCAUCUAUGACAGUGUCAUUCUAUACACCGUCGAUGAUUCAAACCUCGUCCACGAACAGGACAAAUCCCUUGUGUCCAUAGUUCGGUUCAGGGUUAAGGUGAUAGACUAAGGUUGAGGUUGAAGUAACGAACGUUCGAUACUAAAUAUAGUGAAGGCGCUUGCGGGGUCAAAUCAAUAGGCAUUCUGCGUAUACAUGUAUAUUCACGGUGCCUGGACGUCUGAACAUUGCACCAUUGUUAGCUUGAGAAAGGGACCUCGAGGAUCGACGCGCGGCAUCAUCUUUGAUUCUGUGAAGAUCGGAUGUGGACAUUGCGCCAUUCAAUCGGCGGAACGGUAGCAACGGAGGUAACCGCGUGUUUAAACGACCUGGCACGUGGGUGGGUGUAUUGGAUGAGAAGGGGUGAUUGUCGGUGAUGGACAAUGAGCAACCGCAUCAGGAACUGGUCAAGUGUGUGGUCGUCGGCGACACGGCAGUUGGAAAGACCAGGCUGAUAUGCGCAAGGGCCUGCAAUAAACACGUGUCACUUUCGCAACUUUUGACAACUCACGUGCCCACCGUUUGGGCCAUCGACCAGUACAGGAUAUACAAGGACGUCUUAGAACGAUCCUGGGAAGUAGUCGACAACGUGAAUGUCUCCCUGCGACUUUGGGACACAUUCGGUGAUCACGAAAAAGAUCGACGUUUCGCGUACGGCAGAUCAGACGUCGUGCUACUAUGUUUCUCCAUAACCAAUCCCGUUUCGCUACGGAAUUGCAAGGCGAUGUGGUACCCAGAAAUACGACGGUUCUGCCCGCAGACCCCCGUGCUGUUAGUGGGAUGCAAGAACGAUUUGCGUUACAUGUACCGAGAUGAAACUUAUUUGAGCUAUUUUCGUGAUCGAAGUCCAUUCGUGAGAGCUACGAGGAAGAGCGAUCUGGUGAUGCCUGAUCAAGCUCGAGCCGUUGCACGUGAACUUGGCGUUUGUUAUUACGAGACCAGUGUCUUCACGUAUUACGGUGUUAAUGAAGUGUUCGAAAAUUCGAUACGUGCUGCCUUAAUUGCGAGGCGUCAGCAACGAUUUUGGAUGACGAACUUGAAGAGGGUGCAGAGACCUCUGCUUCAGGCACCAUUUUGUCCACCGAAACCUGUUCCACCGGAAGUGUGUUUAGCCGCAAGCACUUAUGAAGAGAAUAUGAAGACACUAUGGACAAAGCCUGUUCACACUGAUGUGACUUUAAUAGCCGGAAACUGCACGUUUUCCGCUCAUAGGUGUCUUUUAGCCGCUGCAUCGCCUGCAUUUCAUCGACUUUUCUCUAUGGAACUUGUUCAAGAGCAAACACCUCGAAGUUCCAGCGAAUCUAGCAUGGUAAGUACGUUUGGUGAAGCAACGGUCGGUGAUUUCAAUGAUGACACCGAGUGCCUGAUUCGUAUCGAUCAAUCAAAACCUGCAAAAGUUUGGGAACAAUUGAAGCGACGUUCGAGCUUUCAAGUACUGCCCACCAUGGACAACCAAAAGAAACCAACUGGUACUACCAGAGAUCUUAAUCAUCCUGCCUUCCAAAACAUUCGUGUAUGUUUGACUGAAAAUACAAAUGGAAUGCAGCAAUCAACGACAGUGGUUACGCUGUCUAAAUUAAUUACGCCGCAGGCAAUGCAGCAAUGUUUGCAGUUCAUUUAUACGGGCAGCUUGGAUAAACGGUAUCAUGAUCUACAAACAGCUCCUAUUGGGCUUCUACUGGAAAUUAGACAGGCAGCGGAAUUCUUGGAGCUUCCGCAAUUGUUGAUGGUGCUUGGAACUCUACAAACUAGAGAUCAAUUUAAUAAUGAUCUUAAUAAUCGCUACAAACAAGUAGUGAGACAACGUUUAGAAGAUAUUUGUCUAGAACAAGGACUCUUCGCCGAUGUAACAUUUGAAUUAGAUGAUGGAAGUGUUCCAGCCCAUAAAGCGAUUCUCACUGCCCGAUGUGAUGUGAUGAAAGCUAUGUUCUCCGGUGAUUUUCGUGAAAGCAGUGCAAAAGUAAUAGUGUUUCCUGGUGUACGUGAAUACACAUUUCAUAAACUGCUUUGUUAUCUCUAUACGGAUGAAGUGCCAGCAAUUUCCUCUGCCAGAUGUUUGAACCUCUUAGAAUUGGCAAAUCGUCUCUGCUUACCACGACUAGUGAACUUGGUCGAGAGCAGAGUAAUCGAAGAUCUCGAGAGGUUGUCUCAAAACGAGGGAAACGAGGCCGUGGAGAACUGUCUGAGAUUACUGGAACCGUGCAAGUUACAUAAUGCCGAUCAGCUAGCUGAUUGGUGUAUGAAUUACUUAUGCGUGAAUUAUAACAAAUUGUGCAAAAUGUCUCCACGAAGUGUGCGUCUUCUACAUCCAGAGAAUCAAGAAUAUUUAAAUGAGCAUCGAUGGCCUCCGGUGUGGUAUUUAAAAGAUUACGAUUAUUAUCAAAAAUGUUUAGCGGAACGAGAUCGAGAGAAUAAGCCAACAUUAAAAAGAAAUCGUAAUCAGUCCGGUUGUUUAUGCUUUUCUGGCACUAGUAAAACUAGAAGAGAAAGUUCCAGCGGUGGUGAAGGUACAGCAUCAUCAGCGAACAACGAUCCACAAUCUGAACGACCUUUGUUCGACUCGAUCGAGUCUGGUGAACAGGUUGUAUGACAAGAGCCCAGCGGCCUACGCCGCUCAGUCCGAUUCAUUUUGGUCCUACCCGUGCUCAUGGUCUUCAUAUGCACCAUUUUUACUAUUUUGAUACUGCUACAAAUUUAUACUUAAGAAAAUUUAAACGCCGAUAACACAAUUUAUGCACAUUGAGGAUGCCUAAAAGCAAAAAAAAAAAAAAGAUAAAAAAAGAGGAAAUAGAUCCUCUAAUUUUUUAUCAAUCUUGUUUGUCGUACGCAAUGAAAAUGAAUACUUCUGUCUAAUAUAUGUUUCUUCUUGUUUUUCUUUGUCUUGAAAAAUAACGUAAAAAAAGUUAUUCCAAAAUGAAUUGUAAUUCAUUUAAAAUAAUUGGCGAAACUGUAUCUUUUGUACAAUUUCAAUGGAGAUGAAUCUGAUAUCUAUAUUGUUGAAAAAUCUAUUUAAAAUGUGUACGAUCUUUUAGAAUUUUAAACGGGCGUCCGUCGUUUGUAAGCGAAUAAAACAAGAUGGUGCCUUUCAUUGACGAUUCGUCGUUGCUGCCACAGCGACCUUUAAACAGGGUGAUGUUGAAUCACCUGGACAGGUUUUAAUAUGUUUUUGAUUACAAAUACGAAUUGCAGAAAAAAAAAUAAAUCACAAUAUAAGUUGAAAAAUAAUCUUGCAUCCCAUUUUCCGUCAAUGAGCACGGCACGUUUUUCGAAUGUGAAGAACGUGAAUGCUUUAAAUUGCUCAUCCAUUCUGAUCACAUAAUAAGUGAUUUUUAUACAAGAGAUAUUUCGGUGGCUGUUGAAAUCUUUGAGAUUUUUCAAUUUUUUUCUGUUAAUAUUGUUCAAGAUUUCUGUACAUUCUUACAAGAAAAUUUCUAAAUCAAUUUCAAAAAGAAUUUUAGAAUGCAUCAAAUCCGAAUUGCAUUUUAUACCGAAUUGUUCUGCAUGGAAAUAAUAAGAAAUCUUGGACAGUAUUUACUUGAAUGAUUAUUAUAAUUUCCACUUCUCUCUCCCUACAAAAUUAUAAUUUAAUUUUACAAAAAGGGAGCAAGAGGGAAAUGUUGGAGAAUAAAAUCUGAAUCAGAAAAAGCCGCCGAAGGAAAAAAAAUUUUCAAGAGACGAUAAAAAUUUGCCGUACUUUUAUCGAUGCGUGUUAGACUGAAGAAAACGAGCAAUAGCUUUAGUCCAUAAUAGAGCGUAAUUAUAUUAAGCGGUAUACAUAGUUCUAUAAGAAAUAACUAUUAAUGAUAAAUCGACGCGGAUUUUUACAUUGUUUGUACAGCAUCCGACGACAGGCCAUGCUUCAUUUCUUGGGUUUCCAUGCGACAAAAUUACGAUUUCUUCGAAUGCGAGGAGACCUCUCGUAUUUCUACUAUUUUAUAACAAUUUAUGGCUAAGUGAAAUUACUAUUUUCAUCUUAAUUGUCGAUUAAUAUUAAAUGAUGAGGACAUAUGCAGUUCAAUCGACGUAAGUAGGAUCGUCCAAUAAAAACUGCAACAUAUCGAUCACGGUAAUGGGUUACUUUUAGAAUUAUAAAUUGCGAUUACAUCGGUAAGAAUAAUUAAUAGCUAGAUAAUGAAAGAAUGAGAGUGAAUCGAUUAUUCAUAAUGAUUAUAUAAUUAUGCGAAUCCACCGUUCGUAAAAUAUAGAACGAUGUUAUGUUAGAUGUAUCUCUGUGUCAGAGUGAAUCUUCGCGUAUAUUAUAUAUUUUCUUAGCAACUUGUACUUUAUAAGGCACAAAUUGGUCCUUGUAUAUCGAAGAAGCGUAAUUAUGCAUCGUUCAAGCCGGUUAUGAUCAUGCAUCAAUCUUUUAAUUAGAAUAUGAAGCAACCUGUACUAUUAGCAGUCGGUAUUACAAAUAUUUAAUACUUGUUAGAUCAUUUUUUGCCGUGAUUAUUCAAUCGAUUCAUUAUUCAAUCGAUUCCAUGCAUUAUUUCGCAAUGAAAGUAUGUUUGAAUGAGUGAACGAAUGAGAGAAAAUGAGGGAAAAGAAUUAAAAAUUGCAAAUACACAGUGACUCGUAAUUUUACAUUAUAUAUCUCGUAUUUAAAAAUAUGUACAAACACGCGUGAUAAAUAUUCGUAAAGUUUUGGAAUAAUUAUUCAAAUUAUUAAAUUCAAACAUUUGAAACGAAUUGAAAAGGAGAAGAAAAAUUAAAAAAUUGCAGCCAUAAGAUGCAUUACUGCCUGAUUUGUAAGAAAUUAACGGAAAUAAUGUAUACGCGAUAUAUAUAUCUGUUCCGGCGAGGGUGAGAAUAACGUCCCACUUGUACGCUAUGUCAAUUUUAAUGUCAAUGUUAUCCUUCGUCAUUCCUAAAUGUAUAUUUUAUACUGAAAUCAGUAAAGUAGGAUUAAGGAUACAGUUAUAUAACGAAGAUAUAAAGCGAUAGAAGAUCGAAAAUUUUAAUUUUCAUAUGCAUUUUAGUCAUAAUUCCCCAAAAGUUUAGGUUAAAUACAUUUUGUCAAUGCGUACAAGGCAUUUGCGAGCAUUUAAAAUUGUAAGUACAAUGAUUGUAAAUAUAAAAUUUAAUGUAAGAAUAAUUUAUAUCAACGAAUAGAAAUCUUUUUUACUGUCUAUUUUCUUUAAAGUAAAAAUUUUUGAAUUUCUCAAUGUAUUUAUUCAUUCAUGUUUUUUUAUUUUAAAUUUUAAAUUUAUAUGCUCGCAAAGCCUUCGAUCCUAAGCCGAGAAUGAUUGUUGCAAUUGCGACCUCUGUUUCGAAUCGUACGAAUUAAUUCAUUUCUCACUGAUAAAAUUCAAAUAAUUUGAUCAGAUUAAGAAUUAAACAUAGGUAUUGAUAAAAAAUUAUUGCAAUGUUCUAUAUUAAUGAACGUGUACAAUUUUUCAAAAAAUUCAAUAUGAAUUAAAUCUUAUGGCUAACAAUUCUUAAUGUUUCUAUAUUAAGAUUUAUGUUUUAAAUUUUUAACUAUUCCGUAUACUUAAUUUUUCUAUUCUUUUUCUUAUAUUUUACGAUCAAUUAUAAGUUAUUUUUAAUCUUCAUAUUCGCAAACAUUUUCAAAUUUAAAUAAUUAUGCGCCAAUAAUUGGACACAAAAUUUAAUAAAUAUAUGACAGACAGCAAGUGAAUAGUACUAUCGAACAAAUACUAUUUAACAAAUUUCAAAUUUUAUAAUUAUCUUUAGAUAUAACGUUUAAAGAUAUCUUGAGAAUCAUAAUGAAAACAAAAUAGAAAAGAAAAUUAAUAGAAAAGCGAUUAUUUGGAGGUCUCAACUGACAAUCCAUAUUGAUUUUCGGAUAUCUCAAUGACCGUUAAUCAAAAUAAUGACAUUUACGUCAAAUUUAAUUUUAUUCACCUAAGAAUAAAAAGUAAAGCUGUAUAUACAUAUAUAUAUGCAUACCGCUUUGAGAAAUAUGAUUUUUAUCUUAAGCUAAAUUUUAAUAUUCUAUUUUCAAAUGCACAGAAACAGAGAAAAGUGAUAAAUAAAUUUAAUUUUUAACUAAAA